AGUGCGUCGCGGUCACUCGACGCGGCCGCCGCCUCUGUAGCUCCGUAGCUCGGCGUAGACAACGUAGACGGUCUACGAUUCGCGUGCCGUUUUCUUGAACUAAUUAAAUGUAAUUAAAUAGGUGCGGCUUUUCGUAUUGCUUUUCUUUAAAGGGUCUCGUUUACUAUUCGAAGAUGACGAAUGACCUGAAAGCUUCAACGAGCGAGAAGGAGGCACGGGGCUCCUGGCCGAGGAGGGACGACCUCAAGAUUGAGUUCGGGUUCGGAAUGCCUCUAGGGGCCAUGAGUGCUCAUCCAGCUUUCCACUCCGCUUGGGACAUCGCUUGCCCAUCUUCAGGCUUUCAUCAGAUGGCUCGUAUGAUGGACCGUAUGAUGGUGGAGAGCCUCCAGCCGUUUGGCUUCGCUAGGAUGACGGCAAGACAGCGUGGUGAUAGUCGUGAUCAUCAGCCUCCACGUGAUGGUCUACAGACAGAGCGCCCUGAUACGAGGAAGGAGCGGGCGAAGAAUCAUUCCAAUACGCACGCCGCCACUGGUACCAGACAUCCUCCUACACAAAUAGUGAAACCAACUCAGUCGAAUACAUUUCUAGAUCAGUCACAAGAGCAAAAUAAACAAACGGACCCCACGACUGAGAAAUGGGCGGGAUCGUUACGGAAACGCGACCCUGACAUCCAGCCGACCUUGCCGUCCAUUGUCGCUAGAAAGACCUCUUCAUCUUCAGUGGGCAGUGGAAGGAAGACCAGGUCUGUGGAAAGGAUGCCCCGACAACGUGUAAGGCAGUUGGCUCCAAUUAAACCGAUUGUUAGAAAGGCUGAAGCGUCAGAAGGACAAGAUGUUACAAUUUAUGAGAAGGAUGAAAAAACAUUCGAUGCGACCGGCUAUGAAAUGCAUCUAGUGGAGACCCUAGAGAGAGAUAUAUUGCAGAGGAAUCCUGAUGUGCGCUGGAAGGAUGUCAUUGGAUUGGACGAUGCAAAAGCCGUGCUACAAGAGGCGAUGGUCCUGCCUUUAGUGAUGCCUGAUUACUUUAAGGGUAUAAGGAGACCUUGGAAGGGCGUGCUCCUCACAGGACCUCCGGGUACAGGGAAGACAUUGCUCGCGAGGGCUGUGGCCACAGAGUGUAGAACCACUUUCUUUAAUGUAUCUUCGGCCACACUCACUUCGAAGUACAGGGGAGAUUCUGAGAAAUUGGUCAGACUUCUUUUUGACAUGGCGUCUUUCUACGCGCCCAGCACGAUCUUCUUGGACGAGGUGGACUCAUUGUGCGCGGUCCGCGGUGCUGACUCCGAGCACGAGGCCUCGCGACGAUUCAAAGCAGAGCUGCUCAUACAAAUGGACGGGCUUGCUGCCGUAUUCAACCAAGAUAAAAUCAUAAUGGUAUUAGCCGCGACCAACCAUCCGUGGGACAUCGACGAAGCCUUCAGAAGGAGGUUUGAGAAGAGGAUCUACAUUGGCCUUCCAGAUGAGCCGACGCGUGUGAAACUUCUGAAGCUGUGUCUCCGAGAAGUCGCGCUAGCGGAAGAUGUAGAUCUAGUGGAUCUGGCAACUAAAUUGGACGGUUAUAGCGGAUCUGACAUCUGCAACUUGUGCCGGGAUGCCGCAAUGAUGACGAUGCGUCGUAAGAUAGCCGGUAAGAGUCCGGAUCAGAUCCGCAGACUGAAGCGCUCCGAGCUGGAGGCGCCGGUGUCGGCGGCCGACCUGGGCGCCUCCGCGGACAAGACGCGGCGCACGGUGAGCCCCGCCGACGUGGCGCGCUACUCCUCCUGGAUGCAGCGCCACGGCUGCUCCUAGCGCCGGCCGAGGGCGCUCCGGGCCCUACUAGAGCGACUGCGCAAUGCAUCUAACUGAUCGCUUUCAAAAAACCAAACGAACCAUUGACAAUGACAAUGAGAAUCAUCUAAUUGUUUCUAAAAGUAUCUUACAAUAAUAUUACUUCGGAUCAUGGACUCGUCGAACAUAUGAGUUUAGUGGCGACGCGCCCCAACUUUUUGCGUACAAAUGUGAAUUAAAUUAUUGUAUACUGACUAUUAUCAAUAAGGGAUAUAGGCAUAAAAUGAUGUCAUGGUGGAUUCAGAGUGUAUUAUUACCUAUUCCAUAAAGCGUUUUUUGUGGGUCAAUAAUAGGAGACAUUAAGUGCUUUUGUUUAUAAAUCAUAAUGUAAGUUUUGUGUUUUAAAUUCGCUGUUUAUUUGAUCAAAGUCUUACUAGCGGCGCGAUUAAUUGGAGCCUCAAAAGAAUGGUGGUUGCGGAAUAAAAUUAUUACUAAACGACACUAGACUGAAUUAUUGUCCACAAGAACAUUAAAUCUUAGUUAAUAUGAACUCUAGAUGUUGAACCUAAAGACAGGAAUAAAUAUUAGUUAUUAAAUCUAUUUAAAUUGGACACAAACAAGUCUUUAAACAUAUUAUUUGAGUCUUAUUUCAAGCUUAGGUUAAACAAAAGCUAUAUUUUUAGUUUUAAGUUCGUCGCUGAUGCGUCCUUUUCUUUUGAACAACUUAUAGAAUGGAGUUCAGACUGUAAAAUAUUUAAUAUAAACUGUACGCUACAUUCGUAUAGUGAUAGUGUGUGUUGAGAGGAGUAUGCACAUAAACCUGCCGAUAGGAUUUGAAGUUUGCUUUAAUGUAAUGCUUGAUUUGGUUAUUGCUACGAAUUACCCUUCUUUGAAAUGAACUCAAUUUUUAUAUAAAUUUUAUGUAGGUAUUAUAAUAACGUUUGUAAAAUAAUUUAGAGUAUUUUAUAUUAAGCAACGAGUGAUCGCGAUUUGCGAUUGAUCGAUAUUUCAAGAAAAUUCGAAUUGUAUAAUCGAUUUAAAAUUUAUAUCGCGUCUUAUGUUAUAUUGUUUCUGAUUUUUAUUUGUAAUACUACUAAGAUUGGAAUAAAUUUAUCAAAAAAAUUUUUGAUUUCAUUGUACAACUAACUGCUUGUUAUUGGACAUCUUGACCUUUGACUUUAACAUGCUUUCGAUGUUAUAAGUACAAUAAGUUUGAUUGUGAAUUGGUCUUAGGAUCGCAAUUAUGCUUCGAGUUGCUUGUUCCCUCUUCCACAGCGAAUACAAACUAUUCCACACUACGAGUACAUGUCCACACUGGCCUGAACCUCCCUAUCUUAUAUACCAGUAGGCAUCCUGAUAAAUUCCGCUGUGGGUUGAGCUGAGCUGGCCGAGCUGGACGACUUUUUUAUUGCCCUUGUAGAGUGAUACACUAAAUUUUAUCUGAUGUUAUUACUUGUAAGUGUGCGGUACAAUGUAGCUACUUUAUAAAUUUUUUUUUAAAUUAGUAGCGAAAAUAUCAUCGUCAUUAAAAUUGUCUUUGUAAACUAGAGCUAAAAUGUCGGUAGUAUGUUUACAUGUACACAUAAUACCAAUUUAUAUAGUACUAGCUGUACCCGUCCGUUUCGCUGGGCAUUUAAAAUUAACAUUAAUAGUUCUAGCUCUCACAAAGAUUCUCAUCAUUAACGCCCCCGCAGCUGGUGUAGUGAGUCCAAAACUCAUAUAAAUAUUAGCCUAUCCAUUAAGUACAUGUAUUUUCUACAUGGAUACAAAGUUUCAAGUCAAUAGGAUGCAUGGUUCAGUAGUUAUAACGGAACAUCCGUAAAAACCACUGUAGAUUUUGUAUAUUAGUAUAGAUUAAAAUUAAAUGUUGAACUUUUUUGGAACAUAAGAGUUUCAUAUUCCGAUUUUUUUAAUUUUUUUAUUGCCGUUGUUGCCAGACGAGCAUACGGCCCAUCUGAUGGUGAGUGGUUACCGUCGCCCAUGGACUUCAGCAAUGCCAGGGGCAGAGCCAAAACCCUGGCUACCGUUAAGUCCUCUCCACAAGCCUCGUUUGAAGAAGGAAAUGUCAUAUAUGCUUGUUUUACAGUAUCAAGAUGCGACUUUCAUGGAUUCUUAGCUUCGCUCAAUUUGAUCGAUUUGAUCGAUUCGAUUGAUCGAAGGUUCUUAGUUAAUUGAAGUAUGAAAAUAAAACAAUUCUGUCAAAUAAAAUUCAUUUAUUCAGGAAUGGUGAACAUAAUUGAGUGUACUCACUGUCUCGAUGAAAAUAUUCAUUUAUAUUUUACGAACAGAUAAUUAGCGAUAAUGAUUUGUAUUGUGCCAGUGAAUUAAAUUAUUAGAAUAGAAUUAAAUACGCAUUUUAUACCAGUUUUUUAGGAAUAACGAAGGCGACAUGUUGAAAUUGUUAUCACAAACACUUCAUCGUGAAAUGAGAUGUAUUUGGCGAUUCGAAAUUCAAAUGCAUUUAUUGUUCUUUGAAUGCAUUUUAUAGCGCAUUUAUAAUUUCAAAAAGAUAACAGAUGUUAAUAUAUUUUUUUUUGGAAAUUUCUUAAAAGUAAGCCAUUUUAUUGAAUUUUCACAUGAUUUAAAUAUUAGAACACAUCAAAAAUAUUUUAUAAAUAUAAUUUGUACGUUAUAACAAUGACUUGUGGAUAAAAUUUAUUGCUAAAUUGUAAUUUACAUAGUCUUACGAUGUAGUCAAGUUAUCACUGAACGUUUUAAUAUAAUUAAUGAAUAUUAAA